AUUAACACAUUUCACACCAAAAGAAACAAACUCAUUCUUCUUCUUUCUCCCUCUCCUCCGCUCACGGUAGCUCCUCCGAGCUCCGACGACUAUCUCUUCUCCCAGCUCAUUCAUCUCUACAAGCCACAGAAGUUCGCUUCACAACGUUUUUGUAGUUACAGAUUGUGAAGUUUUGUUUCAAGAAGAAGUGUUCUGCGUCUUACGUCGUUUUGUAGGUAGAAGAUUGUAGACGUUGUUUUGUUGGAUUUCCAAUGGCGACAGGUCCGGUUAAGUCUCAGCCUUUGCAUAACUUCGCUUUGCCUUUUCUGAAAUGGGGUGGGAAGAACCAAACCAACAGCAAUCACCGCAUUCGACGGGCAAUCGGCGGCGGCGGCGGUGACUCAUCGCCUGCUGUCGAUCAUUCUGAACCGGAGUCUGAAGCGGACUCUAAACCUCAACUUCGAGUUGGAUCGCGGACGGUUCGGAACAGAUUGGCGUUUUCACCAUGCUCACUUGGAGAUAAAUUCGCGAAGCAUUCUGAAGGUGAGGUUGGAGAUGAAGUUGUUAAGGAGCAGAAGCGGGAAGGUGAGGAGAUUGAAGGGGAGGAGAUAGUGCAGAAGCCUUGGAAUCUUAGACCGCGGAAGGGGACGUCGUUGAGAGGUUAUGGUGAUUUGAAGAAUGGAGGUGACUUGCAAGAAAUGGACGGGGCAGUUUCAUCUCCUGCUGGUGCAUCUCAGCAAGGAGAGAAUCCGCAGCCGAAAUCGCUACGGUUGCGGGGAUUUACUGAGUCGCAUAGAAUAGAAAAGAAGGAUAAAAGAAAAUUCUGGAUCGCUCUGUCGAGGGAUGAGAUUGAGGAAGAUAUAUUCAUCAUGACUGGAUCUAGGCCUUCUCGGCGGCCGAAGAAGAGACCUAAGAAUGUUCAGAAGCAACUCGAUACCGUGUUUCCUGGACUGUGGUUGGUCGGAGUUACUGCUGAUUCCUAUCGUCUCGCCGAUUCUCCGGCCAAGAGAUAGACGCGACCACGAUAAUAUUUUUUUGAUCUUUGAAGUUGGGAUAGUUUGCCUCGCCUGCCUUGAUUGAGACCCAUGUUGGAGGUAUACUGUUCUUACUUCUAGGAAGAAGAAAUGAAAUCAAGAUUCAAAUCGAUCACAUAGGGAAUUCCAAUUUUCCUAUGCUUUUGUUUACUCUUGUAAUAAUAUUCUACGGUAGAGCAAGUUCUAAUGUUAGUCUUCUGACUAAGUAAUUUUAUUAUGUAACAAGAAAGUAGAGGUAAAGUAGGUUGAAAUGAAUCUUAUUAUAAGGUUUUGUUAUUAAAGCCUUUUGUGAUAUAGUAUGGAAUUUCAUUGCUCAUGUGAACAAUUCUUAUUAGUUGAUGACAGACUUCCCUAGAUUGCUGGGAGACAGAUUAUCCAAGGCUUGAUUUCUUUUGCAUAA